AUGGGAUUACUCCGCCUAACCGAGGUGGUGGUGACGUCCCUAUUUAUUCUCUUCCUAUUACUCCGGGUCAGCCGAGGGGAUGCCACAUCGGAUACUGAGAUAAUUAAAAAAUUGCUGAACAAAGGAUAUGAUUGGAGGGUACGACCACCAGGAGUGAAUUUAUCGAUACCAGGCAGCCACGGACCCGUUAUAGUCGCUGUUAAUAUGCUAAUCAGAAGUAUCUCCAAGAUUGACGACGUCAACAUGGAAUAUAGUGUGCAGAUGACGUUUCGAGAAAAUUGGGUGGAUGGACGGCUGGCUUAUGGGUUGCCUGGUGAUCUUUUGCCCGACUUCCUAAUUCUCACCGCCGGCCAGCAGAUCUGGAUGCCGGAUUCGUUUUUUCAGAAUGAAAAAAUGGCCCAAAAGCACAUGAUCGACAAGCCAAACGUGUUGAUUCGGAUACACAAAGAUGGUCGCAUUCUGUACUCGGUUCGAAUAUCGAUGGUGCUGUCGUGUCCUAUGCAUUUAAGGUAUUACCCUAUGGAUGUACAGACGUGCUAUAUUGAUUUGGCUUCGUAUGCGUAUACAACGGAAGAUAUCGAAUACGUCUGGAAGGACAACGACCCCGUUCAACUGAAAGAAGGUCUUGAAUCCUCGCUUCCAUCUUUCCAGCUAAACAAGGUCUCCACCGACUACUGUACCAGCAAAACAAACACCGGCACUUAUUCGUGCCUCCGUACGAUUCUAGAGUUGAAGCGUCAAUUCUCAUAUUAUUUAUUGCAACUAUACGUCCCUUCUACCAUGUUGGUCAUCGUUUCCUGGGUGUCAUUUUGGUUGGACAGGACCGCUGUCCCAGCUCGAGUAACCCUCGGAGUAACAACACUUCUAACAAUGACCACUCAGGCUUCUGGCAUUAACGCAAAGUUACCACCAGUUUCAUAUACAAAAGCCAUUGACGUCUGGAUUGGUGCCUGUCUCACUUUCAUCUUUGGUGCUCUGCUCGAAUUUGCAUGGGUCACCUACAUUUCAUCGAGGAAUUUCCAUAGAAGUACGAAAAUGGAGCACAGGAUGAGUGCUGUUUAUGUGAAUAAGAAUCAAGCGAUGGUGAUACAGAACUCCCAUACGGCUGACGUAAGAGUCGAACAAUCGUCAGGUUGUGAGAGUGAAGUCUGGGUAAAGCAGGGCCACGAUCCAUCAGCGGAUCUCCUCCUCGGUGGCCCGAGAGAACCAACAAAGCCAAGCGUCUUCGAGCGUUUCACUGCUACUAAAAAACUUCGAAAAUUCAUCAGGAAUUAUACUGACAUGGAGGACAAAGCAAAGCGAGCCGACCUUGUCUCACGUGUACUAUUCCCGGUCGCUUUCGUGCUCUUCAACAUCCUCUAUUGGACCAUGUACUCUUCAAGUGGACCGCAA